AUGGAAGACAAAGAAUUCCUGAGCAUGAUGGACAGAGAGUUUCACAGGGACACGUUAAACAACUGGGUAGCCCCUUUGCCUUUUCGUAUGCCUCGACGAGAACUUCCCGACAACCGAGAACAGGCGUUUUAUCGGUUCACUUCGUUACGUCGCACUCUGGAAAGGAAAACAGAAACGAAAAAGCACUUCGUUGCCUUCAUGCGUGAUAUGCUCGAAAACGGCCACUCUGAACCAGCACCACCAAGAAAGGAAGCAAAGAAAUCUUGGAAAGAGGCUGUGUCGGUAACAGCUGACAUCCAGCAAAUGUUUCAUUCCUUCUUCGUACGUGAAGAAGACAGGGACUAUCUGCGUUUCUCGUGGUUCCGAGGCAACGACACCAGCAAGGAUGUCAUUGAAUACAAGAUGUGUGUACAUGCGUUUGGCAACACAUGCUUCCCCGCUAUUGCGACCUACGACGGCUUAAGGCGCACCGCACAGGAGGGAGAGCAGGACUUUGGAGCGGACGUUGGACACUUUAUCGAAAGAGACUUCCAUGUCGACGACGGCCUCAAGUCCUUACCGACCGAAGAGGAGGCUAUUUAUUUACUCAAAAGGACACAGCACGUGCUGAAAGGAGCAAACCUGCGGCUUCACAAGAUAGCCUCUAAUUCUGUGGAGGUCAUGGGUGCCUUCCCAUUUGAUGACUACGCCAACGGCCUUGAAGACAUGAACUUCGACGGAGGUCACGUACAUAUCCAACGGAGCCUUGGACUAAACUGGGGCAUAAAGGCAGUUACGGUUCACCUUCAAAGUGCCCGUAAAAGACACCCGAAUACACGACGCGGCGUACUAUCCACUGUGAACAGCCUAUACGACCCCCUAGGAUUGACAGCCCCACUGACAGUACAAGGUAGGCUGUUGCUGAGAGAUAUUUCUUCAGAGACCUCAGAUUGGGAUGCCCCUCUCGACCUGAAUGACAACUGGCGAACGUGGCGAGACACCUUACAUAAUCUUGAACGGCUCAAGAUACCACGCCAGUACACUACAAUCUCUCUCUCCGACGCCCGUCGACGGGAGAUGUGUGUAUGCUGCGAUGCCUCCGAAAAGACAAUCACCGCUGUUGCGUACAUCAGAGUCACAGAUGCUGAUGGAAUGCAACACGUGGGUUUUGUGUUCGGAGAAGCAAAGCUACCACCACGCCCCGAGCAGACCAUUCCAAGACUUGAGCUAUGUGCCGCAGUGCUCGCCGUCGAUAUCGCGGAGUUAGUCGUCAGCGAAAUCGAUGCUCACAUCGAUGACAUUAAAUUCCACACGGACAGCAAAGUUGUGCUCGGAUACAUCUUCAAUCACUCGAGGCGUUUCUACGCCUAUGUUAGCAACCGUGUAAGCCGCAUACGUAGAUCUACGAAGCCCGAACAAUGGCACUACGUUCCCACCGGUCAGAACCCUGGAGAUCACGCCACUAGACCUGUGACUGCAGAUGCUUUGGCUGGCACGACUUGGCUGACAAGACCGAAAUUUCUUCGGGAAUGUACGGACGCGCAGAGGCAGAGCACAGCCUUCCCGCUUUUUGAACCAGAUCAGGACAAGGAAAUCCGUCCGCAAGUGGCGGCCUUGGCAACUCGCGUAUGA